UUGAACGCGUGCCCAAAAAUCCUUAAUGAAUAACUUCGGAGGAGCGCUCGCAGGGCUGAACGCCGGCCCAGCUGUUUCCUGCUCCACAUGUCUUUGCUGUGUGUGUAAUGUUAGAUAAAUGUGAGGGAUUUUCUCGCUAAAUCCGUCUCCUGUUCGCUAAAUCUCACUUCUCUCCAAAACGAGCGUGCGCAAUGGAACAAAAGUGGGAAUGUUGAGAUGUGACAUCGGCCCCCGGCGCGCGCAUCUCGUCCGCUCGUUCUGCCCGCUUCGUUCUUCUCCUCCUUCUCUUCUCCUUUUUUUUUUUUUUAACUCCUCUUUUCAUGACUUGAAACAAGUUGACUUCUCGCCGGCUUUUUUUGGGGGGUUUGCUUGCGGAGACCCGCGGGGAUGUCCUGCGCUCUUUCCUGCCUCCGGUGGCAUUUAUGGGACGUGCUCAAGAGUGCGAUGUGCUGGAUGUCCCGUAGGCGCACCCUCUCACUACUGCUGUGCGUCCUCAGCCUGACUCCGGCGGCUUCAGGGGCGCGGCCAGAGACGCUGUGCGGGGCGGAGCUGGUCGACACGCUGCAGUUUGUGUGCGGAGAGAGGGGCUUUUAUUUCAGCAAGCCGACGGGUUACGGGCCCAACGCCCGGCGGUCGCGGGGCAUCGUGAACGAGUGCUGCUUCCAGAGCUGCGAGUUGCGGCGACUGGAAAUGUACUGCGCGCCCGCCAAGACCAGCAAGGCCGCGCGCUCGGUCCGCGCCCAGCGCCACACGGACGCGCCCAGGACCGCCAAAGUGGCCGGCGUGUCCGGCCACAAGACCGAAAAGGGCCCGGAGCGACGGGCGCCCGUGCAGACGGACAAGACAAAGAAUAAGAAGAGACCUUUGCCCGGACACAGUCACUCAGCCUUUAAGGACGUGCAUCCCAAAAACUCGAGUCGAGGCAGCGCCGGCCGAAGUUACCGAAUGUAGGCGAGGGGAGAAGGCCUUACCUGUGGCCCCCCCUACCCGUCGCUACCCCCCCAACGGUUGGCCCUAAACCAGGACGGCGACGUGACUAAAGGAUGAAGAGUGGCGAGACUACCGCGGAUCUUGUCAUUGUUUUCCACCGCCAUUUUUCUGUCAACGCCACGUAACAGACGCGAGCUUAGCUGCAACCAGACAGGUGAAUAAGCGGACGGGAACCAUCUCAAAUCUUCCUAUUAUCUACCCAUCACGCAUUGCUCUUUUUUCCUCGGAACAAAACCCCAAAAAGACCGAGGUGGCUCAAAGUCGGAUAUUUUACGCAGAUGGCUUUAUUUUUGGGGGGGACUCUCGGGUCCGGCCUAACAAUUCUAACUUUAGAGGGGGGGUUUUGCCCAUUUUUGAUCAAGAAAUGCAUUCCAACAGCAGGAGGUGAAUAAAGUCGUCCUUUUAUGAUAUUUAAAUCCCACUUGAACGCUUAAACUGCCGUUGACGAUGAUAGACGUCCAAUCGUGUGGCUCAUUUCAUCCUGUUUGGAGUUUGUCACUAAGGCUAAGUUCAUACCGCAGGUCUUAAUGCACGAUUCCAAUUUUUUGUCAUAUCUGUUUUUUUAGAGUGCCCGUUCAGACUGCCUUUGGCCAUUGAGCCCGUUCAAGUAUCACGCAUGCGCACUAAUUUGCAGUCCGACAUGCGCUCAGCAAAGUGACCCGCAUGCUCAGAAGCAUCAAAACAGAUUACACAUGCUAGCUGUAUGUCAUUCCAGGGUGAUGAUAUUUUAAUUUCCAAAAAGAGGACAUAAAUAACAGACCUAAAUAAUCCCUGUUUAAUAUUAUAUUCAAAGUUGAUAUGGACUGAUAGAAGGCAUAAACGCAAGCACAUUAACCUUGAUGCGUGUGCGUGACGUGACGUGGGUGCGUCAGUUUGCACCGUCUCGGCCAUGUAAGCAAUACUGAAAUAAUAAUAAUAAUAUAUAAUAAUUAGGGCUGUCAAAAUUAUCGUGUUAACGGCCGGUAAUUAAUUAAAUAUAAAAAAUAUUUGACACAAUUAACGCACAUGCCCCGCUCAAACAGAUUAAAAUGACAGCAGUGUCAUGUCCACUUGUUACUUGUGUUUUUUGUCUCCCUCUUCUGGCGCCUUGUUGCGACUGAUUUUAUGGGUUGACAUCAACAAUGGCGAGCUACUAGUUUAUUUUUUGAUUGAAAAUAUUACAAAUUUUACUAAAACGAAAACAUUAAGAAGGGUUUUAAUAUAACAUUUCUAGAACUUGAACUAACAUUUAUGUUUUAAGAACUACAAGUCUUUCCAUCCAUGGAUCGCUUUAACAGAAUGUUAAUAUUAAUGCCAUCUUGUUGAUUUAUUGUUAUAAUAAACACAUACAGUACUUAUGUACAGGAUGUAAUGUAAUGUAUAUAUCCGUCUUGUGUCUUAUCUUUCCAUUCCAACAAUAAUUUACAGAAAAAUAUAGCAUAUUUUAUUGAUGGUUUGAAUUGCGAUUAAUUACGAUUAAUUAAUUUUGAAGCUGUGAUUAACUCGAUUAAGAAUUUUAAUCUUUUAAUAGCCCUAAUAAUAAUAAAAUAUUGCUCAUUCGGCGCACAGAAUGAAAAUCGAGAAUUGUCAGGCUUAUCCUUUUCUUCAUUUUAUUUUUUUAUGACCGUGGUCAAGCCCGCUUCGUGCGUAAAAUCAGAGUUCAAGCUAGGCGAUAAUGCAUAGCUACAUCGCUGCCGUCCUGCCUGCCGGGAGACUUGACAGUUCAGACCGCCAGCCACAUUCUUGAAAAAUGUGGCCUUGGAUUUCAACCGCGUACGAAAGUGACCCAGAUCGGAUUUGAAAUGGUCCACUUCUAUGUCACUUUCAGACCGUCAAGUUAAUGCUUCACUCAAGUCUGGAAAAGACAAAAAAAUGGGAUUUGUUCAUUAAGACCUGCGGUGUGAACCUGUGAAUCUAUUUGAACGGUGAGGUCAUUUGCUGCAAGUCCUCACCUUUUAAAUGGAAUGGAUGUCUAUCACCGUCAAUGGUAGCAAAUGAUUUGAGAAGGGGAAAAGAUUUUUAAAAUACGUCCCUGUUUUGCACUUUUCAUUCAUUCUUAUUCAUGAAACACGGCUUUAUUCACUUACAAAAUAAUUUUUAAAAGUAUUCUCCUCUGCCUCAAAAAAAAAAAAAAAAAAAAAAAUUAUCGUACAACCUAAUUUAUUCCAAAUGAUUUUGUUCAGGCACCUGUUUUGUUGUUAAAUUUAAAAAAAGGAAAACAAGAAAGACACCAAAGCCAAGAGUGAAUUUUUCUCAUUUUCAGUGCUUUUCAGAAAUGGUCGCCCACCGAUUCAAAGUGCAUUUGGCAGAAGGCAAACAUUAAACACAUUUAGAAAAAAAAAAAAAAAAAAGCCAGCCAAAUUGGACACUUGUCAACAGCCCGGUCGGGCCCGAAAGCGAGCUGAAAAGGGGGCCGAUCGCGCACAAAGCCAAUAUUGUCAUAGUCAUCGCUCUGCCUGCGUAUAUUCCUAAACACGUAUGUUAUCAUCUAUGCAUUACUAUUUCCUAUAAGAACAAGUGUCCACUGUAUAAUGGUGCUACUUUGUGACGGACAGGUGGUAGAAUUGUUCAUUCGCGGCCACUACAAAAGAGCAGAUAGCGCUGGGAAUUUCACCCAAACCCCCCCCGUACUAUCUUUAAAUUAUUUGAUCCAGUCUCGAGAACGCCCCAAAAUUUACAAAAAAAAAUAAAGUACUGUGAAAUGAAACGACCCCCUUUGACGCGUUAAUUGGCGAUAAAGUCCGAACUGAUGACGUUUUUAACGUCACGUAUUUCAGUCAAAAGGCAAGCCAAAGACUUUUUUUUUUUUUUUUGGUGGGAAUUCGCCCCUCCCUCAUGUCGACAAUUGUCACGAUGAAUCAUUCCAACACGACGACGAAGACAACGCCGCGUUCUACCGGCGCGCCUUCUUGAGUUAAAAUGACCAAAAAAGUGACAAAUUGUUCACCAUUCCUGCUGAAUAAAGCACUUGUCAACAUUGCAGACGUUGUGUGGCGCCUUUUUCGGAUGGCGUGCAUGCGGUGACAUUAACUUUUUGUUCAUGGUUUUGUCAACUCUACCACUGACAACGAUAGACGUCCAAUCAGAUGGCUCUUGAAUUAACACAAGUACAGUGGGGCAAAUAA